AUGUCUACUUCAUUCCCAGGACUUGUCCACGAUUCAGAGAUACGUCAUGACGGAUCAAACAGUUACCGUUUGAUGCAACUUGGAUGUCUUGAGUCUGUAGCCAACUCCACUGUCGCCUAUUCCUCCACGUCUCCUCUGACUUAUUCCACCACUGGCACCGAGUUUGCUUCGCCGUAUUUCUCGGCUAACCACCAGUAUACCCCUUUGCACCACCAGUCCUUCCACUACGAGUUCCAGCACAGCCACCCAGCCGUCAACCCAGAUGCCUAUUCACUAAACUCCCUGCACCAUUCACAGCAAUAUUACCAGCAGAUCCACCAUGGGGAGCCCACAGACUUCAUCAACUUGCACAAUGCCCGGGCACUCAAGUCUUCUUGCCUGGACGAUCAGAGGAGGGACUUUGGCUGUCUAGAUGCGUAUAGGCGCCAUGACCUGUCUCUCAUGAGCCAUGGAUCCCAAUAUGGCAUGCACCCAGAUCAAAGGCUUUUGCCAGGCUCUAGUCUGGGACUUGCCGGGACUGGAGGGGAAGACUUCCAGGGAUCAGUGGAGGCGCAGUGUGGAUUGGUACUAAACAGCCAAGGGGGUGUGAUAAGAAGAGGUGGUACUUGUGUAGUAAACCCCACAGAUCUCUUCUGUUCUGUUCUGGUCGGCUUUCUUUACUAAGUUCCACGUCUAAAUACAAGGUCACUAUAGCGGAGGUGAAAAGGCGGUUGUCUCCACCAGAAUGCCUCAACGCGUCUCUGCUGGGUGGAAUAUUACGAAGGGCAAAGUCCAAAAACGGUGGUCGAUGUCUGAGAGAGAAGCUGGACAGGCUGGGUCUUAAUUUACCUGCUGGCAGAAGGAAAGCUGCCAAUGUAACCCUGCUGACAUCCUUGGUAGAAGGUGAGGCAUUGCAUUUGGCCAGAGAUUUUGGGUAUACCUGUGAAACAGAGUUUCCAGCAAAGGCCGUAGGAGAACACUUGGCCAGACAGCACAUGGAACAGAAAGAGCAAACAGCGAGGAAAAAGAUGAUCCUUGCCACAAAACAAAUUUGCAAAGAAUUUCAAGAUCUUCUAAGUCAAGACAGAUCGCCCUUGGGCUCCUCCAGACCCACUCCAAUCCUAGACCUUGACAUUCAGAGACACUUAACGCAUUUUAGUUUGAUCACCCAUGGUUUUGGAACCCCAGCAAUAUGCGCAGCUCUCAGCACCUUCCAAACAGUCCUAAGCGAAAUGCUAAAUUAUUUGGAAAAAACACACGACAAACAAAUCCGGGGGAGUUACAGACAGCAAUCAAGGAAACGGAAACUCAGAAAAAGGACCCCUGCGAAAAUCUUCCGAUGUUGUGGUCAAAGAUGCCAAAACUGAAAAGACUGAUUAG